UCAAUUGUUUUGCUUCGUUUCGUUUUGGCCGGCUGAGCGUCUACCAUCCGCGGCCAAGUGGUUGUCUCAACUCCCAAUAGCGCGUCCCCCCAGGAUCCUCCCCACUUGUAUAAGCGCCAGACCUUGAACCUGCGUCGCUUCAAUCCCUGAGGUUUCGACACCACCGUCCUAUAGAAGAGAGUCGUUUCUGGCCUCGCUUCCGAGCGUUUGGGUUGUGUCAGGGGAGAAUGACUUAGAGGGGCACAUCGACCACUUCUUGGGGCCUAGUCCACGCUAUUUGUCGCGCCCGCGGUUAGGAUGCCUUCGUGAUUGGCAUCUCCAGGCGAUCCGCGACCCAUGCUCUCAAGGCUGACUUGGUUGUUUCUCAGAACAGAACCAACAGCUCGAAAAAUAGAGAUGAUUCUGGUCUGUGAUUCAUGUAGGGAAGAGCUAACAAUGGGACUGGGCUGCCGGAACAGCUUGGUAUGCGUCUUUCAGUUGCGUCUCUCGCUUCUUUAUCAUCAAGAACUGCUGCACGGCGUCUGCACAUGAGGCGCUUUGCUCCCAUUACUAGCAACUCUCUUUCUUUCUGGCAUAUCUCACCUCCAGCCUGUCGGUGAUAUCGCCCAUCUUCCAUGUAGAUGUGCCAUGGCUUUCACUCUCCAGCCUCACGAGGGACAUCUCCUCAGGAUCUUCCUUGUGCUGGUUUCCUUUCUGCUGGCUCCAGCAAGUCCAGCCGCCGUUGAACCACAUGUCAGAGUCUUUGCCAACGAAGAACCUGAAAGCCCUCGAAAGGCUCCUCCCCUUCUUGGACUUCCCGUCACAACACCAAAGGCGAGAUGGGUCGUGUCCGAUAUCUGGAGACCAUUGGUGUGGCAAGGACCUUCCCGGGGAUUUCUGUUGCUCCUCGCAGGCUGAUUGCAAGGUCCUUGCGGCAAACACAACUGCUUUGUGCUGCCCAAAGAACUCGAAAGGAGAGUGCGAGAUCAUUUUGCCCAUAACCUGCAACAUCGAGAGACAGAACCCAUCAACGAACCCAGAAGCUGAGGUCAAAACACUUGCACUAGAUCGGAAACUAAAGCGCUGCGGUGCCAUGAAUGGGGCCAAGAGAUGCUGUCCUUUUGGAUAUAGUUGCAAAGACGAUAAGGAAUGCGUACUCGACAAAGACCAGGACGAAAGCUAUGCCUUCUUGCUCCCGGUUCCUGAAUAUAUAUCAGCCAUAACUUCUGCUCCAACAUCCACAGCUACAUCCUCGUCAACUUCUGAUAUCCUAUCAGUCGAAACAUCAGAAGUGCCUGACAGGGUUUCCCAGCCGCCUUUUGCCUCAACUGAUCCUACGACUUCGACCGCCCCAGAUGACAAGGAAGAGGGGAAGAAGGGCAGCGGUAUAAGCCCAACAGGAGCGGUGACUGCAGGCACUGUUGCUGGCGUCUGCUGUCUGGUUGGAGUAGGCAUAUUUGUAUGGAUGAAAUGGUUCAGAAAGAAGAGAGAUCAAGAAACUCCUGAAAUGUCGUUGGCCCGAGAAUCAUGGGGAUACUUCUCUACAAGAAGUGCGCCAUCAACAUUGCACCUGCACCUGGCUCGUGGCCCUGAUGACAAGUUCAUUGUUACACCAACCACGGCUGGGUUCACACCCUCCUACCCACCGCUGGCCCCAAUUGUAGAGGAGAACCAAAGCCCCGUUGAGCUGCCCGCAACACCCGUGUCGCUCUGUAUGUGGUCGAACUUCGAAAAUGCUGCCGUUGAGGAGCCCAAGUUGGCUUAUGUCGUUCCAGCGAAACGGCAAUGACAAGUUUGAACAGGGAAACAAAAAAAAAACAGACUUUAUGAUGAACAUGAUAUGCAAAACGAUGAACGGUCUACUUUUCUUGUACAUAGAUUACUAUUGUUUUCUUUUCAGUUCCUAUCUAUCUAGCCUACUAUAUCUUGAUGAUUUGCGAUUUUGGCAGUGAAAGAUGUGUCAUCGUGGGAUUGUCAGGUUUCUUAAGUGUCUGGAAUUUUCAUUUACAAGAUUACAAA